AGCGCGACAGCAGGAAGUAAGCUCCUGACCUACUGUGCAGCGCCGCACCUGACAGCUCUGAGAUCUCUGCUCCAAUCGCGGCGGCGAUGGACAAUGCCCGAGAGUCGCCGGCGGACAAAGGUGGAGAGACAGGGGAGUCAGAUGAGACGACCGUUCCUCCCGGUGUCCCCGGGACUACCGACAACGACGGAAUCCCAGAGGAAACGGAUGGAGAUGGAGAUGCGGACUUGAAAGAAGCCGCAGCCGAAGAAGGCGAGCUGAAGAGUCAGGAUAUUUCAGAUUUAACAGCAGUUGAAAGGGAAGACUCAUCAUUACUUACUCCUACAGCCAAAAAAUUGAAAAUAGAUACCAAAGAAAAGAAAGAGAAGAAGCAGAAAGUGGAUGAAGAUGAGAUUCAAAAGAUGCAAAUCCUGGUUUCUUCCUUUUCUGAGGAGCAGCUGAACCGAUAUGAAAUGUAUCGCAGGUCAGCUUUCCCUAAGGCGGCCAUUAAAAGGCUGAUCCAGUCCAUCACUGGCACCUCUGUGUCCCAGAAUGUUGUUAUUGCUAUGUCUGGUAUUUCCAAGGUUUUCGUCGGGGAGGUGGUUGAAGAAGCGCUGGAUGUGUGUGAGAAGUGGGGAGAAAUGCCACCACUACAACCCAAACACAUGAGGGAGGCAGUUCGGAGGUUAAAGUCAAAGGGGCAAAUCCCCAACUCGAAGCACAAAAAAAUUAUCUUCUUCUAGACCAAAGCCUGGAAAAGCCAAUUAUGGAGACAGGAGUACUGGUUCCAGACUUCCUGUUAUGUGAGACUUUCAGCCCUGGUGCUUUGGUAUCUGUCCUCCAAGGAAUCCAUGAUGAUUUUAAUGUCUUUCUCCCAUCUUGUUUCUGUCACACCUAGAAGGCAUGUGGCCUGCUUCAUACUUGCCUUGACUAAAUUUUGGAACCUCUUACAGCAUUUUGAGGUAUUUAACUGUCUCUUGGCUAGUUGGAAGAGAAGUGUAUGAGCCUUCUGCAUCUUCUGGAAAGGGGAGCUGCUUUCAGAGAGAGAAAACCUUUCCAAGAGAACUUUGAUGGUUUCACAUUGAAGCCUAAAUUUGCCGAGACUUGGCUUAUGUCUGGUUUUAAGUAGAUGAAACAACCGAAACUUUUGACUUACAAUUCUCUACUGUGAAGGACACAGUGAUAACAGGAGUAGUGGAAUAAUUUGUGCUUGUUAAUAUUUAAGAUUCUCCUGUGGAUUUUGGUGAGUGAUCAUUAAAUUUUUUCAACUUGC